AUCACAAUGGGCGGGUCUUGGGCGGUUCGGUUGUUCUUGGCUGUUCGCUCUGAUUAGCUUCACCGGACGACACUUGUAACGACACACGGAGCACUUUGACCAUUUAAGAAACCUUUAAGAGAGAUGGCUGCAAUCAGGAAGAAGUUGGUGAUAGUUGGAGAUGGCGCAUGUGGGAAGACUUGUCUGCUUAUCGUCUUCAGUAAGGACCAGUUCCCGGAGGUCUACGUCCCUACUGUAUUUGAGAACUACAUUGCUGAUAUUGAAGUUGAUGUCAAACAGGUGGAGUUGGCCCUGUGGGACACUGCUGGCCAGGAGGAUUAUGAUCGACUGCGGCCUCUCUCUUACCCUGACACUGAUGUCAUCCUUAUGUGUUUCUCUAUAGACAGCCCUGACAGUUUAGAGAACAUUCCAGAGAAAUGGACGCCCGAAGUGAAACACUUCUGUCCCAACGUCCCCAUCAUCCUUGUGGGCAACAAGAAGGACCUUAGAAAUGAUGAACACACACGUAGGGAGUUGGCCAAGAUGAAACAAGAGCCUGUGAAGUCUGAGGAAGGCAGGGACAUGGCAAACCGCAUCAGUGCCUUUGGCUACCUGGAGUGCUCAGCCAAGACGAAGGAGGGUGUGCGGGAUGUGUUUGAGAUGGCCACCAGAGCAGCACUGCAGGUCCGCAAGCGCAAGAAGAGGGGUGGCUGUCUGCUACUGUGAAGGGCCAGUGUCUUUUGGUUCAUCAGCGCCAGUGGGAGGACUCUCCCAGACACAGAGCAAAUGUAGAAAAACAUGAAAUCUGUGGCUUCCAUAGACUGUACUUCCUUCACAGAUGCAAAUAUAAAAGACUGCCACAUCUGUUUAAAAGCAAAACAAAUCAGCCUUUUUGUUAGUUUUCUUUUACAACUAACCAGUUA